AUGGAUGUUAAUUUCCCGUACUUUCCAUCACACAUUGAUAGCAACAAGCGAAAAUCCCGAACCACUUCAGCCUCAUGCAGUAACCAGCAGCAAAGAAACGAAAUGCUGAUGCAAAAAGAAAAAGACUUGCUACUACUGACGGAUCCCAAAGACCUGGAUAAACUGUUUAAUCGACGCUCGUACCAACAAAAGGUCGAGCAAGACAUUUGCUUUCCUAAUAAUCGGCCUUCCACAAGCAGUAGUACAUUGGAGGAGAAGAGCCCAAUUCUGGAAGUUCCACUACUGCCUCCUCCGUCGACCCUGCGACACAGCGUGAGUUAUGAAGGCAUCAAUUUGUCCGCGUUAUCGUUAUUUCAUGAUAGCAGACCACGCAAUAACCACUGCGACAGUCCAAGUGAAUCACCGUUACCAAAUGUGUAUCCGCUCAACAAACAAGAAAGGCAGUUGCUCAGCCUGUACGGUGACAACAAACAGCCGGUCGAUCACCAUACAAGAAGUGAGAACUAUUUGCAACAAGAACAGCAGGAGCGCUUCAUGUACUACCACCCUGAUACAGGCAGUAUUCGUGGCAGAUCCUUCACAGACAUCAAUUUACCGCCCAACAUGACACUGGAAACGCUCUUGACCAAAGACAACUUUUGGAUAGACAUCACAUCGCCCUCCAACGAGGAGAUGAAGAUCAUCAGCAAGGUGUUUCAUAUCCAUCCAUUGACAGCAGAGGAUAUCAUGUCUCAUGAAAUACGAGAGAAAUGCGAUGUUUUCAGGCACUACAUGUUUGUUUGUUAUCGAGCAUUUCUGCAUGAUUGCGAGCAGCUGCUAAAGCCGGUUACGUUUUACAAUAUUGUCACAAAGAAGCAUAUACUGACGUUCCAUUUUGGUCAUGUACCGCAUGUAAAUCAUGUACAACAACGUGUGAAGCAGUUGCAAGACUAUAUAGAAGUGGUACCUGAUUGGAUCAAUUACGCCAUUAUGGACGAAAUCACAGACAGCUUUGCGCCCAUGAUACAGCAAAUUGAAUCUGAAGUGGAUGCCAUUGACGACUUGGUGUUGCUCUAUAAAUCAGAUCAAUCCGACAUGAUACUGCGUAUAGGUACAUGCCGCAAAAAGGUGAUUCAAAUGGUACGAUUGCUCGGUACAAAAGUAGAAGUGGUGCGAGGUCUCAUGAAGCGUAUUGUGGAAGAUAUCUCUGCUUCCUCCCUGCAACAGGAAGAGAUGGUGGAUGGCAAAAUAUACCCUGAUGUUGGACUCUACUUGGGCGAUGUGCAAGACCACAUCUUGACCAUGUUGCAAAAUCUGAACCAUUACGAAACAGUGCUAGCGAGAUCAGAGUCGAAUUAUCUGGCGCGGAUAUCUAUUGAGCUAACCCAAACAUCCAAUUCGACAAAUCAUGUUAUCGGUAGACUGACCAUCUUUGCCACCGUGCUAUUGCCCAUGAAUCUCGUUACAGGUUUAUGGGGCAUGAACGUCAAAGUUCCUGGCAAAGACUACGAUAACCUCAUUUAUUUCUUUUGGAUUGUGCUUAGUUUAGCUGUAUUUGCUAUUCUCUCAUUGACAUUAGCUAAACGAUUAAAGUUGAUUUAA